AUGAAUGCCCAAGAAAAGAAAGAAUUACAAAUCAAAGCCACUAUCAUCGAUAUCGAAUCCAAAUUAGACAAAAACACUAAUCCUUUCUACAAAAUAGCCCUCCAAGGCACUCCUGAUUACUUCUAUGCUUUUAGUAAUCGUCUUCCAGAAAAAACUUUAACUACUCUAAAAGAAAGCCCUCAUCAGUUAGUUAACCAAUUAGCACUUAUCUCUUUUGAAGAACUAACUAAUAAAGAUAACUCCGGAACUUUUAGAAGAAUAAAAGCUAUUGAGAUUAAAGGGACCUCUAAUAUUCAAACUCCUCCGGCAGUAAGUCAGUUUAUUUAUGAGUUAUUGAGGGAUAAAGUGGAAAAAAGAGGAAUAAUAUUUGACCCUUGCUGUGGAAAAGGAAGUUUAUUAAAACCUUGA